GGACGAGAGACAGAACAGAAGAGAGCUGUCAAGCUGUGAGGAGGCAGCAGAGAGACGACUUAGUUUUUUCUUGGAAUACAUUCUCCCCUCCAUCUCUGAAGCCCACACACAUACUCAAAAAAAUAUAUAAACACACAAACACACAGAUGGUAAAGUGUGUGUGAGUGCUGUUACCCUCUUGCGAGGAGCGGUGAAUUAUUUUCAGGAUCUGGACUUACUCAAGCCCCGACUCACUUGGACUGUAAGAGUGUUUGGAUUCAGCAUCCCUGUGACUUGGACUUAAACUCAGUGCAACACUUUGGACUGAGAGUGUGUAUCCCUGCGUGUGUGUUUGGGAUUCAGCACUUCACCUGAAUGCAACACUGAGAUUUUGACUGAAACUGUGUUGGCACUUGUUAGGUCAGAAUUCAGCAGAUUUGAACUCACACUUGGACUCAGCGCGUGUUUGUUUGUGUGUGUGUGAUAAGGAGGAGGAUGUGUUGGCCGGUGACAGUGGUCCUGCUAGCCCACCUCGGGGCCACCUUAACGGGGGCAUGGAGAGCAUCUCAACCAAGACUACAGUUCACACACUCCGAGCUGAUUCAGAACGGCCGCCUGCUGACGCUGCCCCUAGUGGCCGGAGACCUGCACUCCCUGCUGCCUGACGAGGACGGGAGGCGUCUGUACGUGGCCAUGAAAGAUAACCUGCUGUCUACCAGUCUGGAUGACAUAACGCAGAACCCACGCAAGCUGUACUGGCCUGCCAGUCCAGACCGUGUCCAGGAAUGUCUCAUGGCUGGGAAGGAUCCAGAGCUGGAGUGUGCUAACUUCCUGCGAGUUCUGCAGCCUUUCAAUCAGACUCACCUCUAUGUUUGUGGCACUGGGGCCUUCAAUCCCCGAUGUGCUUUCAUAGCUACCAGCGUCUUCCGUCAGUCAGAGCACCAGACUCUCUCCUACAGCCAGACAGAGUGUGGGAAGGGGAAAUGUCCCUACGAUCCGUUCCAAAAAACAGCCUCCGCCGUUGUUGACGGAGAGCUGUAUGCUGGAAUCACCUCAGACUUCAUGAGCCGGGACUCUGCCUUCUUCCGCAGUCUCGGCAGCCGUCACGUCAUCCGCACUGAGCAGUACGACUCCACCUGGCUGCAGGAUGCCCAGUUUGUGCGGGUAGCGCCGCUGUCUGAAACUGAUAACCCAGAAGAUGAUAAGGUCUACGUGUUCUUCACUGAGCGCGCUCAGGAGGCCGAGGGGGCUGCUGGGAAGGUGCUCUACUCCAGAGUGGCACGUGUGUGCAAGAAUGACAUCGGAGGCCAGAGGAGUUUAGUCAACAAGUGGAGUACUUUCCAGAAGGCUCGUAUGGUGUGUUCAGUCCCAGGACCAGACGGCCUGCAGACACACUUCGACCAGCUGCAGGACAUCUUUAUCCUCCAUGGGAAAGACAAGAAGAACCCUCUCAUCUAUGGCCUGUUUACCACUUCAAGUGAUAUCCUGAAUGGAUCAGCAGUGUGCGUUUACCGAAUGGAGGACGUGGUUCGGGCUUUCAAGGGAAACUUCCUGCAUAAGGAGGGACCUCAAUAUAAGUGGGCAGAGUUCACAGGCAAGGUGCCCUACCCCAGACCCGGAACUUGUCCCAGCAGUACCUAUGGAAGUUACAGCUCGACCAGAGAGUAUCCUGACGACGUCAUCUUCUUCAGCAGGACUCACCCGCUGCUGCAGGAAAAUGUCCUGCCUCUGGGAGAGCGCCCCCUCCUGGUCAGAGUGGGUGUUCAUUACAAGUUCAGCAAACUGCUGGUCGACAGAGUAGAGGCUGUCGAUGGCACCUACGACGUGCUAUUCAUCGGCACAGACUCAGGCCUCGUGCUAAAGGCCAUCCAUCUGCCCAGAGAACAUGGUCAGAGUCAGGAGGUCACUCUGGAGCAGCUGCAGGUCUUUCAGCACAAAUCACCAGUGACAGCCAUGACACUCUCAAAGAAAAAGCAGUGGUUGUUUGUGGGCUCCAGGGAGGGUGUGUCCCAGCUGGGCCUGUACCAGUGUGAGCUGUACGGUCAGGCCUGCGCUGAGUGCUGCCUGGCUAGAGAUCCAUACUGCACCUGGGAUGGACACGCCUGCAGCCCCUACAUGCCCACCGUGCGCAGGAGGAAUGCUCGUCACUUAGGAGAGGACGAGGAUCCACUAACUCAGUGUGUCAGACAGGGAGCCGGGCUGCAGGUGGAGGCGGAGCAGAGGUUGAUGAUGGUUGCCGAGGGCAACAGCACCUACCUGGAGUGUCUGCCCCGAUCCAGACACGCUGCUGUUACCUGGUACAAACAGGCUGGAGAGAACAGUCCUGAACUAAACCAGGUGGUAACAGGUGACCAACUGGUAGUGAUCGAGCGGGGUGUCCUGAUUCGUCAAGCUGAGCUGUCUCAUGGCGGCGUCUACCACUGCCAGGUGGAGGAGCACGGCUACCACUGGACCGCCGUCACUGUCCGCCUCGCCGUCUGGAGCCCCUCAGCCAAUCGCCUCCUCGCUGCCUGGUCUGGCUCAUCCUAUCAGAGCGCAGGAACCCAACCCUGGUACGAGGACGUGAUGGCACUGAUUCACCCAGGAAACCUCGGCCAGCACUGCCGGGCACUGGGAUACCGCCCCCCGCGCAACCACCGUCGCCACGGUGACAUCAUGGUGGAGCCAAACAAGGAGAAAGAGAAGGGGGAGAGGCACAAGCACGGGGGAGGAAGAGGAGGAGGAGGAGGAGGAGGGGGAGGAAGAGCUGCGGGGAGGAAGAGCAGGAGCAAGCCACAGCAGAGGGCCCCAAGGAGCGCUUGAAUGUGUCGUGGAAAAAGAGGGCGGAUUUCCAGUGACUUAAACACACACACACAUACACACACAAUUAUGUUAAUGUCCACACUAAAACGCACACAGGUACACACACUCACACACACACACUUAACUUAUACACUGAGACAGAUAUAUACUGUAUGUACAGAGACUACGACAUGCGCAUGCACUUAUCCACAAACAAAAAAAAGGCAUCCUUUCAUUAUAGUGACAAACUUUCAAACUAAGCUACACACAAACAACUGAAGUAUGUACAGGAGGAUGUGAACAGCAGAGACUGGACAAAAGACUUGUGACAAAAGACUUGUGAAUAAAGAAACAAAAGUAGAAUACAUUAGAGAUUGCAUAGCAUGUUGAAUGAAGGAUGAACUGCAUGUCCAGAUCGCUCAGUUUAACUGACUCUGUGUCGUGACAAGGACAUGGGAGAGGAUGUUUUGGAUUUGGAGCAUUUACAGAGAGAGAAAAAAAAAGUCUUGUUCCAAAAGCAGAUAUUGAACAUUUUAAAAAUCAUCUAACCCCUUCUGAAAUGAGUGCUGCCUUCAAGGACCAUACUGGUGGCUUUGCAUGAUCUUGCCUAUUAAUUACAAAUCACGUACACGCUGCCAACUCUCCAAAGCAGAACAGAUGUUUUUAGAUUGAUUCGUACCUUCCAGGCAGUAAUUCCAGUUCGCUUUGAAAAUCAUCUUCCACGAAGUUGCAAAAUGCUUGAGAUAUGUAAUCCAUGACCGUGAACAAUAUGUUGCCCUUUCCUUUUCAAAGUCACGAUAUUUUAGUUGCAAGCAGCAGUUUUUUCAAAUUUCCCAGACACUCUCCUUGGCCUUCAUGGAACUGAGGUUCAAUCAAUCAAACCCUUUUGAUUGACAUAAAACUUUGUGAAAAAAGAUUUGGCUGCUGUUCAGCCACUCUCAGAUGUCGGAGUAUCCUUGAACAGUUCAUAUUAAUCUAAAAACCUUUUUUUGAAAAUAAUCAGCAGUGAUGGUUAAUUGAAUAUUGUAUAUUUAGGUUGUGAAUAGCAGUAAAUAGCGCUGAUGAGUUACAUGCAGCUUUUUCCCCCAAAUGGAUAUAAACCAACAGUUCACCUACAGUGAGAGUUUUGUUAGUUUCUUCAGAUAGGUGGGGUCUGACCGCGAGAUGGCUGACCGCGACCACAGAGAUGAAAGGCAGAGAAAAGCAUGGCAAAGGCUUUGAUGAGGUUACAGACCUACUUUCCCAGGACGCUGCAGCCGCACAGACACACUGCAGGAGACGUUUCCAUUAUGUUCUUCUUUAAGGUUCAGAAAUGUUAGGUUCGCAGACAUAUGUGGCCCUGAUUUCAUGCCACGCAACAGAGAGCUCAGUAUAGGUGUGGGAAAAUGUGUUAAAGUGAACAGAAAUGGAGAGACAGUCCUAUUUUGAGUGUUGGUUUAGUUUGCUUGGAGUCGCAUGUGAAGACAGUGUACAGUUUUAGACAAAUUCUAAAGAACAAAUACGUUCACACAGUCAAGUCUUCCCAGUAACUAAAAGAAAACUUUACAUUUCCUCUUGACAUUCAUGAUUGAAUGUGUUCUAAAUGGUUUUAAUGAGUCUAAGCCUCGUAACCAGGGUCAUUACUACCAGACAUUUUUGGCAAAACACAGAGGGAUAUUUUAAAUGGUAGUAUUUAAAAUACAUUUUCGAGCAAGUAAAAGCUGCAAUGACUGAUGCUCUGUACUGCUAUGAACCGUGUUAAAUAUCAAGAUACAUUUAAAAAGAUUUUUCACCGUGUUUGAUGUGACAUCGGCGAGAAAACGGGAUUCAAAGAGGGGCCGAACAAUGAACUUAACUGCCAAGAGACUCUGUACAGAACAUGCAUGUUUCUCAACCUGUGGCUCAGGACCCAAAGUGGACCACUGGUGACUUUGAGUGGAUUCCAACCCAACUAAAGAAGUGGAAUAAUAUACUGCUGGUCCUGUAGCUCCAGCUGGUCAUGGCAUCUGGCUGUAAAUUAUGAAGCAGGCCGAUGUAUAAUAAAGAAGCCUUUAUUAAGCUGGAACUUGAGAAAGUACUAGACAGGACUGGCGUCAAAUGGACUCCGGCCUUUGGAUUUGAGCGACUUCAGCGAAUUUGCAAGGCAGUAAAUUGUGAUUUGUUUUUAAUGUUAAUACUAAAUCAGCAAAUUUGUCCCACUUCUAUUUAACUUUAUUGUUAGUGGUAUUUAUUUGUUAAAUCUGGAGUGAAAACUGCCUGUUUCAUAAGUUGUGAGGUUUUUUGGGGGGAAAUGCUUCAAGCUCUUUAUCAACUAAUUCAACCUUGAUGUCUCACAAAACUGGAUGCUUAUGUAACAUAAAUGUUUGUCUGUCUUUGUAUGCUUGUACUGUAUGUUUGUGUGCCCACACAUUGACGUCUGCACAGUACUUCUCUAUUUUUAUUUUUUUUUUACAAGAUUUUGGAGUGCUACCAUCUGCUUCUGUUGAUGCACCUUCCCACUUCCACCUGUGCAAAUUCAGAUCAGUCACGUCUGCAAUCAUGGCUAUUUCUUUGAGAAUCAGACCCAUCCUGCAGGCAUUUAAAAGACUGCUUUGGCUUGAGGCAGCAUGGAAAUAAAAGUGUAUUUAAAUUUUGACUAUUUCUUUCUCGGUUUCUCUGAUAGUUUAUGUCGGUUCCCAGAACAACAAAUACAAACCCAGUGCUGAUAGCGCAGUAGUUUACAGAUGAGAUUGCAUUAGCGAUGAAAAUAUGUAAUGUUACAGAUGUUUAAAAGAUUCAUGGGACAGAAUGGAGAAGGAGAAAGCCAGAGAGACUAACUCAAUUAAAACUUAACUUGAUUUUCUAUGAUUUACUGGAAGGGGAUGCGUUUACAUGCAUGGUUAAGUCCAAUAAUAACAGCCUCUUAUAUUUUCGUAUAUUUAAUUCCAUCCCACAGUGAUGAUGCAGAGCGUGCAAUCCCGCCAAUAUUACAGUAAAUAUUUCCCAUUCUGGGUCCUGCAGGAUCCCAAUCCCUUUGCAAUGCUGGUUGUUAAAUGUAUUUCUGUGUGCGUGUUUGUACAGUAUCUGUGUGUUUUUGUGUGUGUUUGACAUGAGUGGGAUCAGAGUGAGAGGAGCUGAAACGAAGGUUCAGAGGCCAAACCAAUAAAUCUGUCAAAUGGGGAACUCAGCUAUGGAUCGGAGACACUUUUGAUGCUGUAAGAAAAAUAAACCAGAACGACUCGGAGCAGAGCCCGCAGAAAAUUAACGUGGGCCUUGGCUCCUUGGCUUUUUGGCUUCGGCCACAUGAAAGAGCUAACCAGUGCUGAGCUACUUCUGAAUGUGUGUCUUUUAAAGUAGUGAAAGAGUGAGAGAGUUCAUGGGGGAGGUUGUGGCUCUGGGUAUUUGUUGAAUAUUGAAAAUGUGUAAUUGUCAGGUACAGCCACGUCUAAAAAAAAAAAUGAAAGGGUGUGUGGGCGAGUGUGAAGCUGGCAGUAUAAUCCAAAUGAAAUCAAGAUUUGGUAUGUUGUUAAACUGCCAUCAAAUAUAAAAUUAAGGCCAUGACAAGUGAACAUAGUGGCCAUAGUGUGUUUAAUGGCGUUAACCCAGCAGAUAUAACCUGUGAGUUCAUACUGCGAGGGUUUCCUGGCCAAAAGCCUGUCUGUUCAUGUUCGUCGAAGCUACUCUACUGGCUAGUAAAAUUUGAACACGAUGAUUAUUUUUGAGCUUUCAAACACUGUUUUUUUCUGUUCAUUUUGAGAUAAAUUUCUAUCCAAUUGUGGAAUAAAACAUGAACACCCUGUUACUUCAACCAACAUAAAAUACAACGUGGAAGCCAUUAACUUAUAGCAAAGCCACAUGGAAGCUGCGGAGCGUUAAUACUAAAAACAAAAUAUCUUUGUCAAAAUGUUGAAGGGUACUGUAGCUGCUGUAUCCAGUACAAUUGUAAAUAAUUAUAGCUUAAAGGAAUAGUUUGACAUUGUGGAAAAUAUGUUUGUGUGUGAGUGUUAGUUCAUUUACUAUUUUCAUGUCAGUGACGCGACGGUACCAGCAGCAGCUGGUUAGCUUAGCUUAACACACAGGCUUAGAACAAAGACUGAAAAUGGGGAAUGCAGCUAGCAUAUUGAACUCUUCCCUUAAAAAGUGACAUAAAACCCCAGAAACCUUCAUUACAUUACAGAAGCUAGUGGCAGAGGCUAGCGGCUAGUGACUUCGACUAUCUAUAUGUGGCGGACACCAGUCGUAUGACAUUGUUGACCAGCUUUCAGGCAACAUCAUGUUGGUGAGUGAAAAUGCAGGCUGUGCAAAACUGCUGACAUGUUCUGUUAACCAGAGUGCACACCCUCCGGCAAACAAAGCCAAAUGUAACGCUUGUUUCCACGUUCUCUAUCCCUCCAGUUUCUUGAGAGAAGAUGCCAACUUUGACUUCAUUUUGAGUGCUCUGCCAGCUUAAGAGUUUCUAUUUUGUCCCAUACAUAUGCGUCAAAUCCAACAACCUAAAAAAAAAUAUAAUCAAGCUUGUAUGGACGCCGGGCGGCUUGUGGAUGCUGUGUGUGUGUGGGGUAAUAUGUGUAUAUUUGUGUCAGAUCCAAACACCACACGAGUAGGAGGGAGAACUCCUACGAGACAUUUUUAUGGCGAGCCAUUUUAAACAUUUAGUGUUUCCCUCAAAGACGUGAGGCAGAGCUGCUCCUCAUUCAUUACAACGGCCUCAUGUGUUUCACUCUGUUAUGCUGUAUUUACAUCUCAGUGUCAAUAUUCCUCUCUUGUGAUUUUCCAGAACGACUUCUUUGCAGACGGAAUGAAACUGUAUAAUCUCCUCUCAUGUGCAGAGACUUUGUUUUUCUUUUUGUAAAUGUGUAUAAAGGUCUGCUUUCAAAUGAGUAUGGUUGUGUUUUGUGGUUAUGCCUAUACGUAUCCAGAUACUGAAAUACACACAAAGACAAAUAUACUGUAGAUAUACACACUGUCAAGUAAAGUAUAACUGUGUCAAUGUAUUGUUAGUUUUUAAGUUAAGUUUAAGUAUUUUAUGGGUUAAGCUAAUUCUACUACAUUGGCUCAUACAUACCUUUAAAACUCCAUUGGAUUAUCUUAAUGCAUUUUCAUCAAGUUUCAAACCCCAUUAACACGUACACACUCUUUUUGUGCCUGAAUGAAAAUGACCAUUUUGAUUUGAUGUGGCAAUCCUGGUCCCCUCUGAAAGGUCGCUCUAUUAUUCUAUUUGACAACAAAAGCAGUUCUUGCAGUGAUACUGGAAUUUUAACAUGUUUUACAAAGUUAUAAAUGACUUUUAAAUAAUAUAUAGUUUGUCGAGGUUGAGUUGAGUGAACAUUCAAUUCAGUGUAAUCCCAGAUAAUGUAAACCUCAGGGCCCUCAGCUGCUUUCACAUCUUGGAUACAUAGCUGUCAGCGAAGCAGACCAGGCCUACAUAAUCAUUUAUUUUUUAAAGACGCACAUGCACGCAAAUAGGUUUGGACACAAAAAACAGUUACAUUACAGGGAUUCAUUAUUUCUCAUGCACACUGUCCAUCACUGUCUUUACUCCAAAACAGUAACAUACCAUACAAUACCAAAACCCCAUCCAUCUCUUCCAAAGUGACCACAUACAGUGCUUUCUCAUUAAAUGUUCAGCUGGUAUGUACUGCUGAGCAAUCUGAUGGAUGAACGAUACGUUCCAAUCGAGCCAGAUACCCAGCAGCCUCCACUUUAGUUGCUCUACUGUUUCCAAACCCUUGAGGUAACGCAGAGGUCAGCAGAACUUCAUUGUUUUCUGAUGUUUGUUUAUAAUGUAAUGUGUGCACGCUACUUUUGAAACUUGACAGGCUCUGGUCAACUGUGAGCAACUGUGGCUUUUUUUUUUUAACUGCUUCAAUUCACUUUGUAAUCAUGGACAAGAAUCUCCUUGAGGAGAUGAUUGAACUGAUACUGUUCCAGUCUGAGAAACAGGAUAUCACAGACAACCAUGCAUUAAAAAGAAAUAAGUGUAUUGCAUUGCUGUGUAUUUUGUUAGGAAUGAGAAAUUCCUUCUCUAGUAUUUCCUACAAGCCUUUGUGUCUGACGAAGAUGUGAUACCAUAAUUAUAUUGUAUAGACUCUCUUGUUAUACUGUAAUAUUGCCAAAGGGUACCACCUAGCCUUGCAAACUAGACCUCAUUUCAAUAAAUAGAUUCUUUGACUGA